GUCUUCCAGAGCGGUGACUUUCGUUAUCACGAACUUCCCAAAACUUUUUGGAGAAAGUUUGACCCGAGAUAAUUGACACCUAAUAUUUCAGGUCAAACUUUAAUUUUAGUGGGGCUGAUCGUGAAGCUCGGACAUCUCGCGACAAGACGCGGUCUUCAAGAGGAACCACUUUGGUUGAAUUUCGAACAUUGUCGGCCAUAGAAGGACAAUACUCUCAGAAAAACACCUUUGCCAAAGUCAGCCGAGACAUGCCCAUUGCCUGUCAUUUCUGAUUGCCGUUAUAUUCAUAAAAUCACCAUUUACGUCAUAUCCAUCACCAUAUCUUAAUUUUGAGUGACGCGAAGUUCGCGUAUAGAGGGAAGUGAAUGGGCGGACUCAGGUCGUGAAAUGGCAGCGGUGACUGCCAGAACAAUGGUGGAUACUAAUGAAAGGAAGAAAACUAUUCAUCCCUUUUUUGGCAAAUCGAACUCUUCAAAUCCAGCUUCAACUCCGCCGAGCGACCUGCCACAUACUGCACGACCAGGCACCGCCGAACCAAGCACACAUACUCCACCGUCAGCAUCAUUAGACCAUGUGCACGACAAUGUGUGGCCUACACCCCUUGAACCUCGCCCAAGGCAGUCUGAAGGGGCUGUUUUACCAACCACCGUACAUCAAAAUAGUGAAGGUAUGGAGACAGAUCUAAACGAAUCACGUCGGAAGAGACGGAAGACGACACCGCCAGAGGACAAUAGUGACCGGAAUUAUUAUCCCAAGCUCGAAAACUCAGCGACCCCAAGAGAUUUGAACGGCGGCAUCCUCCCACCAUAUUAUGGAGUGCUGGGAGGGGCGGUUGAGAAUAAUGGCAACGUUCCUAGGGGAUUGGGCUUCGAAAACGCUCAUGGAGCACCAUUUCUGACCCAUGGUUUUGAGGGCCGGGCGGAUUACAACCUGAAUACAUUGGAGGCUGUUAGGCCCAAUACUAUAAACACCAUGUCGAAAGGAGAGCAAGCCACUUUGGAGCCGGUCGGAAAGCCAAUGGAUCCUAUUUUAUGCAACGAAAAGCCGAAGAAAAUACUUCAUUUCAACAUAAAAACAGGCACAAUUGGCUCUCCACCCAAGCGAUCCAUCAAGGACCAGGCCCCUUCAAAGGGCCGCAAAAACCGCAAAUCGCUAGUUAUUACAUUGAAAUACGGAUCGGAUACAGGCAGCCGGUUGAGCGUAGGGAACAAGAUCGACCACAUAUUGAGCACUACCAAACCAGUACAGGGACCCCCGAAACAGAAACUUGAGGUCGAAACUCGUCCUGUGAAAGCCAACACAACCAAAUCCCCACACCCGUUUUUCCUCGGCAAAACCGCCAUGAAGCCCAAUAGGAGCGGUAGCAACAAUACUUCUGCCGAACCUGCUGCAUCUGCUCCCCAGCAAGCAGCCUUGUUUCGAGCGCCAGCCACAGGCCGACUACUUCCCACUCCCAGCGGCCCACCUCCCAACUCCAGUUCUUUCGCCGCGUUCGGAAACUCCAAUAGUCUCAUGAAGUUCCCAGGGGCAGUCGAACCGAUAUGGCCACCUAGCGGGAUGACCCAUAUCAGAGGUCUAGAGAAUGACCCUUCGCCGACUCCAAUGGGAGAACCGUCGACGUUGCUCAAAUCCGAAAACCACAAAUCUAAAUAUACGGCUAGUGAGGCCACCGCCAACGAAGAUAUUCUGAAUGUUAUAGCCGCCAAGCUCGAAAUAAACGCUGUGCGAAAAGAGCUGAAGGACCUUAGCGCCAAUCACUUCAAUGCACCGGAUAGAUGCCUUCGUGUGCCGGAACGCCACUUCGAAUCGGGGUACAAACUUCAGCGACGUAUCAGGCCGCAGUUAAAAUCUGCUGUGACAUCAGGACGCUUCACAGACGAUUAUAGUGAGGAUGAACUUAGCAGGGACAGCCUGGGCUCUUCUCCUCACCCAGUGAUAAAUAAGCUAUUUGGCAGCAUACCCACAACUCUAAGCGCCUUUGACAAAUCACAAUAUCAGACUCAGUCAUGGAUACACAAAUAUGCGCCACAUUCAGCAGCAGAGGUUUUGCAAAAUGGAAGAGAGGCUUUCAUACUGAAAGAAUGGCUACAAUCUCUGACUGUUAUUGCUGUUGAUACGAAAGUAGCUGACUCUAGCAAUACUCGAGCCUCGCCUGGACCUGUAAAGGCGGAAAAAGACGGUGGAGGCAAGAAGAAGCGGAAGUCAAAGAAGCUGGAAGAUUUCAUUGUGUCUAGCGACGAUGAAGCCAACGAUAUGGAUGAAGUAUCCGAGUCCGACGAGGAAUCUCCACGAGGUGGCCUUGGUAGGCCGAAGAAAACUGUUAUUCGGCACGGUGAUCUGAAGUCGAUGAACUCAAAGCAGCCCAACAAGCUCUUAAACGCAGUUGUGAUAAGCGGACCAAAUGGGUGUGGCAAGACUGCCGCUGUUUACGCUGUGGCGAAGGAACUUGGUUUCGAAGUAUUUGAGAUCAACUCUAGCAGUCGAAGAAGCGGCAAAGAUAUCCUUGAGAAGGUUGGAGAUAUGACAAGGAACCACUUAGUGCAGCAAACGCAAGAGCAGAAAUUGGACGAUUGUGAAGACCUCCAACGCGCUUCGGAUGCUCUUGAUGCUGAUCUGAAGAGCGGCCGGCAAGUGACAAUGAAGACCUUUUUCAAAUCUACUGCAAGAAAAGCAAAAGAGCCAAAAGCAAAAAAAGGAAAGCCAGACUCAGAGACUGCUUCGCAUUCAACAGAUCCAACUCCAGCAAAAAAGCCAAAGCAACAGAAGCAGUCGCUGAUUCUCCUUGAAGAGGUCGAUAUUCUUUUUGAGGAAGAUAAGCAGUUCUGGGCGACAGUCCUGACCUUAAUAUCACAGUCCAAGCGACCAAUUAUCAUGACUUGCAACGACGAGUCUCUUGUUUUGAACCAACUUUUGCCAUUGCACGCCAUAAUUCGGUUCGCACCACCCUCAGUUGAUCUUGCAGUUGAUUACAUGCUACUGGUGGCUGCAAACGAAGGCCAUGCCCUGAAGCGGCCAGCAGUCACAGCCUUGUAUAAAGCGCAGAAGUUCGAUCUUCGAGCUACAAUGACAGAUCUCGAAUUUUGGUGCCAGAUUGGUGUAGGUGACCAAAGGGGUGGAUUUGAUUGGUUUUACCCCCGUCUGCCGGCUGGCAUAGAUAAAGAUUCUCAUGGCAACACUGUCAGGGUUGUGAGCGAGGACACUUAUAGGAAUGGUAUGGGCUGGUUAGGACGAGAUUCGUUGUGCGAUCCGUCCGGCAUCAAUGAUAUCGAGGAGGAGAUCAUCAAGCAAACGUGGAAUGGAUGGGAACUCGACGCUGGAGACUGGCAUACGACGCUUGACCUUAGCUCCUACGCCAGCAAACCCGUCGAGCUCUCAAAGAAAAAACGUCUCAAGGCCCUUCAAUCAUAUGACAUCUUCACCGACGCCAUGAGCGCCGCCGACCUCUGUGCUACUGGCACACUAGACUCAUCAAACUACAUCCUCCUCGACACCACCGACCCUCCAAUUAGUGCCAAAACCCUCGCCGACCUCCCCAUUGGCUCCACCUUCCUUGCCGCCACUCCUCUCUCCCCACCUCCCCUUCCACUCGUCCUAUCAGGCACCCUCAAAUCCCUUGCCCGCUCCUACGCCAACAACUCCCUCCCCCGCCCUAUUCGCACUGGCUUGUCCCCAGUCACCGAGCCCCAACUUCUCACCCACAUCACCCAGUCUCGCUCUUCCCCUCCAGGCGGCAUCUCACGCGCUCACUACAGCCUAGCGUUUGACCCCCUCGGAAUCCCCGAGAAACCGCUCUUCCCGCCGCCGCACCUCGAAGCGUCGUGCGUGGACCGCCCCAUGGCGCUACUCGCUACGGAUAUCGCGCCGUAUGUGCGCGGUAUUGUGGCGUGCGAUGCGAGGGCGGCGCGGGAACGAGUUAAGGCGGGCAAUCUGCUCGAAACCGUUCAUGGAUACUUGGAGAGGACUCGGGCAGUGUUGGAAUCUCUAGCAAGCUCUAAAUCUGCCCUGCCAUCUCCCGACUUGAGCCAUGUUCAUUCAGUGGUCAAAAGCCUCGAGGGUGAAGUUGGGGAGCUGGCUAGGAUGAUUGAGGCGGUAGUACGGCAGAUGCUGAGUGCAGACUCAAGACGCCGCAAGAUCAUGCCCGCUCUUAAGUGGCGCCAUCACCGGCGGGACAUAAUUCGACGGCGGGAUAAAGUGCGUCAAAUAAGAACGGCUCUAGCUGAGGCAGUGAUGCUUCUACAACCAGAUCAAAGUCUGCAGCAAGCAGCGCUCGUGUUGGAGAUUAAAGAGGUUUCUGAACUGGGGUUUGAUAAGAUCAACAAACUCCUCGACCAAGCCACAAAGAGUUUCCAAGAGGCUAUCAAUAAAAUUUCGCAGCAAGUUGCUGAAGGACCUGCAAUAUCACAGACAAAUAUUUCCGUGAGGCAGCAUACGGAAUCUUCUAUAGCAGUCUUGCAGGUCCUCAAAGAGGCAUCGCAAGCUAAUCAUGGAGUCAGAAGCCGUUUGGAGGCAAUUAACCCAACUACAAACGUCCCGAGCCAUGUUGGCGACUACUCACUUAUUACGCAAAAAUGCAUUUCCCGGCUUAGUUCAAUAAAGCAUAUAAUGUCUCAGAAGCUAGAGCAACUUGAAGAACUCCAGCCGUCCCAAACCACGUUUGGAGACACUGAGAUUCACACGAAUAUACAGUCGAUACUCAAAGAGUACGAAUACGACGCAGCUAGACUACAGGAGGCAGUUGAUCAUCUGUCCAUCCAAAAACCACCCCAUCUAUCAUUAGCUGCGGUAUCAAGCCCGACGACAGCACAGUCUCUAGGACUUGGCCAAGUUACCAGUUCUUCGAAUGAGGACGAAGAAAUCUCGCCGCGGGAAAAACCUAAGCACGAUGACAGGAUGGCGAACUUGUCACGUAAUCCUGAAACAACGCUUCUGCAAGUUCAAGCAACACUUAAUAGACUCUGUCCAAAGACUUGUAGAUGCGACUGCCACAAAAUGGGCAAUAUGAAAACCCCAGGACUUGUUUCUAGCAUCGUCGGACAGUUUCUCAUUAGCUAUAACUCCUACCCCAUCUGGUUUCCUCGCGUUUGCAGCCACCCAAGCUGCUUAAAUCACUCACAAAGCUCGAUUCGUCUAAACUAUAUUUUUCCACAAUGGAUCAUCCGAAGGGCUGUAUCUUUCUCCGUCUCCUGGAAAAACAGCUUAGAUAGCCAAGGAGCGUCAAUGCACCUCAAGGUUCCAAGGGUGAUACCAGAGACUCAUGAUGUCUGGGCAGCCAUUACCAACAACAACAUAUCGCGCUUGCAGUACUUGUUCGCGCAGAAGGAAGUAUUGCCCACAGAUAUCUCUCAGAGGGGAGAGUCUUUACUCUUGGCUGCGUUAAGAUAUUACAAAUGUUGGCCAACGGCACGGUUUCUUAUUGAUUUUCCUCACGACUCCAUACAUCUUGAUGACACUGGAUCUUCUCCCCAUGCUAUGGCUAAGUGGCGACUUGUAGUGGAUGAAAAGGAUCUCCACGAAGAUGCCGCACACAUCUAUCAUCGAAUAAUCGACCAGAGCGAGGAGUAUUCACAUACAACAGUUCUGCACGAUGCGGUACUUGGAUAUCAAAACAUGAGCCUAACAACAGCUCUUGAGCUUGACCCCUCAUCUAUUAACAUGAUCGACGACUGCGGAUGCACUCCGUUGCACUGGGCUGCCUGGAAAAACGACAUCAGCGCUGUUCGUCUCCUUCUCUCUUGGAAAGCCGACCUAGACCUGAGAGACUUCGAAGGCAGGACUGCCCUGUCAAUUGCUGUCGCCGCCACAAAGCUGCAGUGUGCUGAAAUACUGAUAGAAGCUGGGACAGAUGUUAACGCUAAGGAUAAGUGGAACUGGACACCGUUGUUCCUAGCUACUCGCGAGCAGUCUGUGGAGAUGGUGAAGCUAUUGCUGAGCAAUGGAGCCAACCCGCAAGCGAUGGAUGAUGAUAAAGACACAGCUCUCAGCUCCCCAAUCUACGCUCGGAGCGUGGUAGAAAACACCGUUCUGGUGAAGAUGUAUGCCGAACUCGUCAGCGCUGGCGGCGAUAUGGAUUUUCCUAAUAACGACGGGAGAACCCCAAUCAUGAAGACCAUCCGGGCGAAUAAGCCUGGGAUGUUCAGAGCCCUAUGGCUGAAUGGCGCAGGCCUCGACCUGAUUGACUUGCAUGGCCAAUCCGUUCUCCACCUGGCAGGGAUGUACUCCAAUCUUGAGAUCAUCGUAGAGCUACAGAAGGCAGAAAUAUGCGUCGACCCGAAUUUGAAGGACGAGCAGGGUCAGACAGCAGUGGAUUAUUUUCGCGAACGUACCAAUACACCGAUGCAUGCUCUGAAGGGAGAUCAGACUAAGCCGUCCGAGCAGGAGAUUUUAGAGUUUGAAGCACUCAUCGAGAAGACAAGGGCGAGGUAUGGCGAGUGGAUUUGGAGCAAGCAAGCCUAA